AUGAGAUUGGUCCCAGCAGAUGAACCAGAGAAGAUUGUGACGGUUAAACCUUACGAACCCGUGUACGAUCAAAAUCCAGUGAAAGAAGCUUUAGAAGAAUUAAGUCAAGAAAUGCAACGUUUACUCAAGUCCAAUACUUCAGACGAUAUUAAAAUGGACCAAUAUGAUCAAAUGUUGCAGCGAUAUCGAAUACUACAAAAUAAAAGACAUGCACGAACCAUACCCGAGACAACAAACAACAAACCUGACGACAUCGCUUCCGUGGAAAAACCGGAUAUUUUAACUUCGGUACCUAAAACAUACCAAGGCCGAGCUCGUAUGUUAUUAGAGCAUUUGGAAAAGAAAACACCCUACUCAUGGAAUGAUAAGUACGAAUUGACCCAUGGCGGUCAGGUAAUGAAAGGCACGAACGUGGUGGAUAUCGUCAAUGAUUUCAUUCGUAACCGCAAGACAAAUAAUACCCCUUUUGGUUGGGAAGCUGUCAUGAGAAGUUUGAGAGAAUCAAAUAUACCUCGAGAAGCCAUUGGAAACGAUCGUAGAUGGGAAUUGUUUUCGACACCUCAAACACAACCAUCUCCGCCCGCUUUUGAAACUCCCAAGAAACGUACAAGUAAAAAGCAACAGAGGAAAGAAAGAAAAUGGCUAUCUUUUGACAGCCUAUAA